AUGGCCGCGAGCCCAGCGGCACUCUUGCCCCCCUUUCUCACGCUCGUGGUGCCAGACACCCGGGCCCAGGUCUACCCCGACUACCAUUACUUCGGCCAGCAGGGAGACCUCGACCCCUGGGAGUUGCUGCGACUGCAGCAUCAGAAGGUCGAGGAGGACUCUAUCCUGGGCUCAUGGGGAAAGUAGUGUCUCUGUGACCUAGGCAAGCAGGGGCAUAGCCGCGAGGUGCUGAUCAAGGCACCGAGCCUGGUGUUCAUGGACCAAGAGAGCCUGGUGCAAAGGAGGCCCUGCCAGCAGAGGGACUGUGUGUCUUGCCGGCCAAUGGACUGCAGCUGGCGGCUCUGAGCCUGAGCUGGUGAACCCUGACAAGGAGGAGGUGGGGAGGUUGGGGUCGGUUAGCUUUGGAGACCCCGUGGAGGGUGGGAGCCAGGAAGGGCUGGUUAGCAGGGGCAGGCCUGGAAGGAAGGGGAGCUGGGCCUUGAGCCUGGUGGUGGUGGAGCUCAGAGAGUCAGGGCACAGAAACCCUCCUGAUAUCCAGGGAGAAACCAAGAAAGAUGGUGGGGGCGGGGAGGGGUGGCUAGAGACAGGAAAUAGGCCCCUAAAGGAGGGUGGUGAGCACCGGAAACUCCAGGCAGAGGGCAGGCACUCCACUUUCGGCCAGGGAAGGAGGGGGGCAGUGGAAUGGCAGAAGGAGCUGGGGGCCAGAACUCAGCUGAGAUGGGACAUAGGCGGCACUGGGGACCUGAACAAGGAGUGGUGAGAAAGGGUUCUGCAUGGUAGAUGGAGACCCUGAACAGAAACCUGGGGGAUCUGGGAUUUCCAUUACCAGUAGGAAAGGCUUGGCUAGAGCCCUCUCUUUUUUUCCCCAGUAUUGGGGAUUGAACCCAAGGUCUUCUCACUGAGCUACAUCCCUGGCCUUUUGUUUGUUUGUUUAUUGAGACAAGGUCUUGCUAUGUAGUCCAGGCAGGUCUUAAACUGUGGCCAUCCUCCUGCCUCAGCCUCCCGAGUGCUGGGAUUACAGGCGUGGGCUACCACCGCUGCUUUAUUUUACUUUGAGACCAUGUGUUGUGUGACUCGCUCAGUUGCUCAGGCUAGCCCCGAGCUUGCCAUUCUCCAGCCUCCGUCUACCAGUGUGAGAGGCUGGGGUUGAAGGAGAGAGACAGUAGGAAGCAGCAGUUCCGAAUGUAGGGAAGAUCUGAGUGGAGACCAAGGGAGAGAGUCCUGGAACCCCAAGAUAAUUGCCCUGAGCUCACUCGGUGGAAGAAAAGAACCCCUGCGGGUAGGGAGUGUACGCCCUUGCUGAGGAGGCAGGGCCAUUAGUACUGGGAUCUGAGUGAGUGUAAGAUGGGUUUCUGGGAGUGUGGUGAUAGUUGUUCCUCUGGGUUCGAAAGGACGCUGAGCUGUGCCUCAGUCUCCUUUAUUUUCUCUUUCCU